UCGAAAUCGAUUGAGAGGAGUUAUUCGUGACAGAACAGGUUCAGGAGACGAUCAUUUGCACUCUAAACCAUAGAACGUUGUUACUUACUCCAAGAGAUCAACGUGGUAAACAUUUCUUCUCGAACGGAUGAAAACUCUUUUCUUCAGAAUACAUUCCCAGACUGCUUGAAGUUCUGUGCCAGGCACGACUUUCAACUAAGUAACAUUUAAAAGUGCAUGCCAUUCUUUAUAUAAAACACAUUAUGACUUUACAACCUUUUUUUACACUAUUUUUGCUUUGGUUCAUCAAAACGAGAGCAGAAUUCGAACAAAGUCCAGCAAAUGAAAAGAAACCUUAUGCUUCCAUUCUGUAUACCGCUGUCUUGGAUGGAAAAGUGGCUCUUCCAUGUGACGUCUCCUCUCCCUCCCCCGAUGACUCUGCAGCUCUAAUUCUCUGGUACAAAGAUGACUCAGCUCAACCCAUCUAUACCUUGGACGCUCGACGGGGUAACGUGGACCACGCCCACCAGUCUUCCAGCCCUGAGCUGGAGAGUCGUGCUUACUUUAAUAUGAUCAACAGGCCAGCAUUUCUUCAGCUGGACCCCGUGAAGGAAGAUGAUGCAGGAGAGUAUCGGUGUCGGGUGGACUUCCAUAAGGCCCGAACUGUGAAUACUGUCAUCACUCUGAAAAUCAUUGUUCCUCCUGGGGAACCAGUCAUCUUGGAUGAACAAGGACAAAGCCUCAAAGGUCUUGUAGGCCCUUACAAUGAAGGCGAUUCACUUACAGUGAUGUGCCAAGCAAAAGGAGGGAAACCACGGCCGACUGUGACCUGGUGGCGAGAUUAUUCUUUGUUAGACGGCAACUACACUUUUGAGCUUGGGGAUAUUGUUCAAAACCAGUUAAAACUUGACAGACUUCACCGACAGGACCUGCUUGCAGUGCUGACUUGUCAGGCAUCUAAUAACAACAUCACUGUACCUGCAUCCAAUGCCAUAACCAUUGAUCUAAACCUGAAACCGGAAAAAGCAGUCAUCACGACUUCCCAGAAGCCUCUUGUUGCGGAUAAAGAAAUAGAACUAACAUGCACUGCGAAAGGAUCGCGCCCUGCCAGCAAAAUCUCGUGGUGGAAGGGAAAUCAACAAAUGCAGAACACCCGAGAGAGUGCACUGCAUAGUAGUGACACCACAACCAUUCUUACUUUUACGCCAUCUAUCGACGACAAUGGAAACUUCCUCUCGUGCCGUGCUGAAAAUCCCCUGAUUGUCGGAAGCGCUGUGGAAGAUGGUUGGAGACUGGAUGUACAGUAUCCACCUCAGGUAAGCUUGCAGCUCGGCACAAAUCUCAAAGUAUCAAAUAUCCAAGAAGGAAACGACGUCUACUUUGAGUGCAACGUUCGUGCAAAUCCUUGGAUUCACGAGCUGAGCUGGCAGUUUGAAGGACAGGAUCUCACCACCAACACGUCAGCAGGCAUAAUCAUCAGUAACCAAUCUCUGGUUCUACAGAAAGUGCAAAGAAGCUUUAGAGGGCGGUUUACAUGCUCAGGCACCAACAGCCAAGGAUUAGGAAUCAGUAACGAAAUUUUUCUGAAGGUUAAGUAUGCUCCCUUCUGUAAACCUGGACAAAAGACCACCUACGGUGUGGCCAAACACGAGCCUCUUGACGUGUCAUGUGAACUGGAUUCUGAUCCUGAUGAUGUGAAAGUCCAUUGGCGAUUUAACAGUUCUUACAAACGAUCAGACAAAAUAAUCUUUUCUGCGGAUCGCGCACACAGUAUAGCCACCUACACUCCAGAGUCAGAUGAAGACUACGGGAAGCUCUUAUGUUGGGGAACCAACGACAUCGGGAUUCAAAGUGAACCUUGUGUUUUUACCAUAGUUCCUGCAGGUCCCCCCGAUCCUCUUCAUAAUUGUUCUUUGGUCAAUCAAACAGAAGAUCUAAUUUCUAUUCAUUGUCUUGAGGGAUAUGAUGGUGGUAUGCCACAACGCUUUAUUUUAGAGGUGUAUUCAAUAAACAGUAAUACUCUCCAAGCGAACAUCACCUCUCCAGCACCAGUGUUUCUGGCUGAUGAGUUACCAUCUGGCACUCCACUGAGGAUAGUCAUGUACGCUGCAAACCCAAAGGGUCGAAGUUCUUCCGUGGUCAUGCCAGCUUCUACGUUAAGACCUGCCGAAAAAUUAACCAGAAGAGGAGAUGGCGAAGGAAUCUUCAUCAUUCGUCCAUUUCUUGCUAUUCUUAUCGCCAUUGUUGCUGUUCUAGUCAUUAUUGCUUUAGUUUUAGCCAUAUUCAUCCGCUCAAAGUGGAAGAGGCGAAUGAAGGGACAAUUAAGAAGAAACAUUCCAGAAUCAGAAAAGUCAGAGAUGCCCCUGAAGAAGGAUGUAGAAGAUCUUGGUGAGAUUGAGAAUACGGGGCCAGACAUUAUUCCUGAUAAAGGUAUUACCCGAUCACCUUUUGCAGAUUGCAUGGAUGAAAAGGAUCAAAGAUGCUUGCAACUAAGCAACACCGUGGAAGAUCACAGCAUACAUUCUCCGAAAAGAGACCAUGUGGAAGUUGUCUAUAGUAGUCCAGUUUAUACGAAGAGCCGCCUGGCCGACAUAAACAGUCCCAAAAUUAUUUCGGCCACAACACAGCCUGAAGACAUACCGUACGUCGAUCUGUCCUUUCCUACUGGUCAAUGUCUUACUGCUGUCAUGCGACGACAACCACUCACUGAGUACGCCAAAAUUGAUUUGACAAGAGGAAAAGAAGAAGCAUAUGAAUCAUCUCUCAUGAAAAACAGUCGAGAGAGCGCAGUUUAAUUAUGGAAAUAAUUCGAUCUGUGUAAGAGCAA